UCACCCCUCGUCUACUCCUCUUCCGAACUGCCGUUGCCUCCCUCCAGCCUUCUGCGCCCAUGGCGAUGGCGUCCAUGGCGUUCUCACUGACGGGAGCCUUCAAGGGCCUGUCCCUCGCACCCUCCUCCUCCUCCUCGCGCUCCUCCUUCCUCCUCGGCGACCGCGCCGCGCUCUCCGUCGGUGGCGGCGUCCUCGCGAUGGGCGUGCCGGUGCCGGCGCAGCGGUUGACCAUCCAAAUGGCGCACAAGAAGGGGGCCGGGAGCACCAAGAACGGGCGCGACUCCAAGGGGCAGCGGCUGGGAGUCAAGAUAUACGGCGACCAGGUCGCCAAGCCCGGCGCCAUCAUCAUCCGCCAGCGCGGCACCAGGGUCUAUCCUGGAAAUAAUGUUGGAAUGGGCAAGGAUCAUACACUCUUUUCUUUGAUUGAUGGACUAGUCAAGUUUGAGAAAUAUGGACCAGACAGGAAAAAGGUAAGUGUUUACCCAUAUGAGAAACAGCCUGAAAACCCAAACAGUUACAGAGCAAGAAAGAGAGAGUACUUCCGUAUGCAGCGUGAACGCAAGAAGGCAAGAGGGCAGGGAGCCAUUGAACCUCAAUUGGUAUUAGCUGCUGUAGAUGAAAAUUCUGAGGUCAACGCAGACUGCUGAUAAGUCUCCUAUGUUAGCAUUUCUCUUUUUUCACAAUCCAUGUUUGAUAUCCCCCCCCCCCCCCCCAACAAAUGUAAGACUGCAUGAUGAAUACAUGGCCAUAUUGCACUUUGUUGUUUUGCUAUGUAGUAUCUGUUGUGUCUUUU